AAUUAUCAUUCAAAAUAAAUAGCCCUAAUUCAAUAUUUUAUUUAUACGAUAAAUUACACAUAGUAAUUGAAAUUUCAUAACUACACGAUUAAAAAGUAUCGACGAAAGUUAUUAUAUCGUUAGAAAUAAAUCUUUCGUUAUCGUGAUACCUUGUCGCUGAAAGCUACUGUGUGUAAGCGAUUUAACAUUAGUAAUUCAAGAAGUUUUCAUCAUAUGAAAAAAUAAUAAAAGUGUAAAUUACUUAUAAUUAUAAUUAUUAUUUACAUUUUAAAUAAUAAAUUAAUAGGAUAUGACUCCGGACCUGUGUUUACCGAUUUUGUUAGCACUUGGAACGUCUCGUCGUUCUACACAGCCUCUUUACUAUUCAUCAGAAGUUAUUGAUACAUCAGAUAUUGAUGAUGAUGCAAGCGAUGAAAAUUUAAUAGGGGAAAUUCUUGAUGAUAAUGAAUCUGAUGAGUCAGAUGAAUUAAUGGAACUUGAUACUACUUAUAGCCAUCAUGUAAAUCACCAUUUACAAAAUAAUGAAUUAGAUCGAGCAGUUGGAAAAGUUAGUAACUAUCCUAAUUUGAAUUCUUACUAUAAAAAUCAUAUAAAUUCAUAUUUGAAACAAUAUGAAGUACGACCAUCAUUAGCUUAUCGUUUUCCAGCAAAUAAUAUUCGACAUAGAAAAAAAAUUCGACACCAUAUAUCAAAUAAUGUUUAUAAUAAUUAUCCACCUGUUAAACUGAACCAUAUAGUCGCUCAAAAAGGCAAACCUUAUGCAUAUUCAUACAGCGAUGGACAUGGUACAAAUUUUAAUGUCAAUGUUCAUCGUCGUAUGUUUUAUCCAUUAGUUAAAGAGAAUUUGGACAACAAUCAAUUAAAUAAUGACUUCGACACAAAUAUUUUACAAGCAAUCGAAGAUCAAAAUUAAAAGAAUUAA